UCCUGCGCGCUCCCGCGUCUCUGACAGUCCGCCUGCUCUCACGUGUUUUCUGUGUAUAAAAGGGCUCCAGUCUCCUCUCAUCAUGUCCAAUGUGUCACCAGACAAGCGGCGAAAAAUGGAGUCUGCGCUGAACCAGCUGAAGAAACACACCGUGGUGGUGGCGGACACGGGAGAUUUUAACGCCAUCGAUGAGUAUAAGCCUCAGGAUGCCACCACAAACCCAUCUCUCAUCCUGGCUGCUGCCAAGAUGCCUGCCUACCAGCUCCAGGUGGAUCAGGCCAUCAAAUACGGCAUCGCCAAAGGAGGAACUGAGGAGGAACAGGUAGACAACACCAUGGACAAGCUGUUUGUGAGUUUCGGUCUCGAGAUCCUGAAGAAGGUCCCAGGCAGAGUCUCUACUGAGGUGGACGCCAGGCUUUCUUUCGAUAAAGAUGAAAUGGUUGCUAAGGCCCUGAAGCUCAUCGCUCUCUACAAAGAGGCAGGCAUCAGCAAGGACCGUGUGCUCAUCAAGCUGUCCUCUACAUGGGAGGGAAUCCAGGCUGGCAAGGAGCUGGAGGAGAAGCACGGUGUUCACUGCAACAUGACCCUGCUGUUCUCCUUUGCUCAGGCCGUGGCCUGUGCUGAAGCAAAGGUCACCCUCAUAUCGCCCUUCGUUGGACGCAUCUUCGACUGGUACAAAGACAAUACAGACCGCAAAAGCUACGAGCCACACGAAGACCCAGGUGUGCUGAGUGUGACAAAGAUUUACAACUACUAUAAGAAGUUUGGUUACAGCACGGUGGUGAUGGGCGCCUCCUUCAGAAACACCGGUCAGGUGAAGGCCCUGGCAGGCUGUGAUCUGCUCACCAUCUCUCCUGGGCUGCUGGCAGAGCUCAGCGAGGACCACAGCGUCGUCACACAGAUGCUCAACGGGGAAAAAGCUAAGGCGUGCGAUCUGAAGAAGGUCCACAUGGAUGAGAAGGCUUUCCGCUGGGAGCACAACGAGGACCGCAUGGCUGUGGAGAAACUGUCUGACGGGAUCCGCAAGUUUGCUGCUGACGCCAUCAAGCUGGAGACCAUGAUCAAAGAGAAAAUGCUCAAUGUGAAAAAUGGCAAAUAAAGGACAGGAUUGGCCUCUCUGGUGGUAUUUACAGGAAGAGCAAGUAUUCAGGAGGAUGCCUUUUUUUUUUUCACCCCAAACUACCUGAGAGGAGGUCCAGAGAUCCAGAAGGCCUUCACUCUCCUCAUGCGACCAAACUCCAGGGACCGUCCUCCUGAAAGUACUCCUCUUUUAUCUUAGGGAGGACUCUUUUGUUUUCUGACCAAUCAUAGGAAGUGAUUGAAGCUAAAAUGAGUGUGGAGAUAUCGUGCUAAACUUACUAGACAUUUGACCAUAAUGAGACUUCUAUUGAUAAUGUUACUACUUGUAAAGACCAUGAGCACUUUUUGGAAAGCGGACCACAGUUUUGCUAUAAACACCAUUGUACCAUCAUUCCUCAGAAUAGUACAUUUUCAUCUUUGAAUAAAUAAAAUCCCAGACUUGAA